UUAUUUGGUGCAGAAGGAAAUUACAAGGGCAACACUGUAUGACAUUGGGGAAAUUUUGGAGUCUGAUGUUUCGACAAAGUACAUUGUUGCAGCAAGAGGUGGCACCAAGGUUUUUGAAGUGGAAUGUGAUGAUGAGGAGACCCUUGGAAAUGUUAGCUGCAGCUGUUUGAAGUUCGAGUGUGAAGGAAUUCCUUGUUGCCAUAUCAUGGUUGUGUUGAUUACACUUGGUGCUGCGAUGCCACAAUGUUGUGUGCUAAACAGUGAACUGCUUAUGUUGGCAAAACCAGUUUUCGAAGAAGCAUCAUGUUCAAUUGAUGAAUAUAUGAGAUGGAAGGAGAUUCUUGAAGCGGAGCUCAAAGGAAAAAGAAAAAGAGAAGAUAUAGAGGGUGAAUCAAGUGGUAUUGAAGACAAAGAGAAUGGCUUAGAAGCUGAGGCAUCACCAAUAAAUGUCCAAGAUCCUGACAUAGUCCAAAGCAAAGGAGCUCCAAAGAGGUUCAAAAACUUCUUGGACAGGCCAAAUAAAAGGAGGUGUUCAGAAUGCAAGGCAACCGAUCACGACAAACGGACUUGCCCAAAAAUUAAAAGGUAUUUGCUACGGUCGGCUCUUGGGUAGCAAGCUGUUAUGUACGGGAACGUCUACCACAGGCGACAUCGCAGCUAGAGUGGCACGCGCCCACGACGCCAACACUGAUGCGGCAAUUGUAUCUUUGCUUUUUAGAUUUUGUAAGUUGGAACUGGUUGUGUAAAAGCCUGAACCUGAAGGCUAUUGCAAGUACGUAUCAUUUUAACAAAUAUUCGAGUGAAUGUGUAAGUGUUUCUGCGUGUAUAUAUGGCAUCAUUUCACAAAUCUGAAUAAGCACGUGUGUGCAAGCUUUCCAUC